CACACAUUUGCUAGUUUUGUCGUGGUAGUAGAAAGGUUGCAUGUACGAGACAACGAGGCCUACAGUAGCUGUUUUUCCUCGAAACAAAUAAUAUCAGAUUUAAUGCAGAAUGGGGAAGAAGUCCUUUGCCAAAUUAGAGAAAUGUGUAAACAAGUUGGUUGCAAAACAGGAAAAAAUUGUGGUAAUGCGGUACAACCAAAAGACAAAAUGCAUAGACUUUCAAGGAUCUCCUGAAUUGAAGGGCUUUGCAUCGGAGACUGCAGACAAAUUCCUAAGUUUCUUAGGCUGUAUGGCUGUACCACAACAGCAAUCAGUUGUUCCUAUAGGAGGGUCUUCCAUCUCUGGAGCCAGACAACAUAAGUUUGACAAAUCUACGGAAAGUUGUUGGUACCAUUGUCAGCACAUCUGUAUUUAACAAGCAUGGAAUAAAACCUGGGUUUUGGGGAAUUCGCAAUUUGGCCCCAGAAUGGUAUCCAGAAGAGGUGCAGUUCUGCUCACCCAAUGACAACAAAAUCA